AUGACUCAACUUUGCAAAGUUGUGGUGGCUGAACGAGACGACGGUGGGCCACUGACCACAGGUACCAGAGACUUCUUCGUCGCCAUUCCAACACGAAAUGGUCUCUGCCGCUCCUCUCCGGAGAGUCCCCCAGUAGGCCGCUCCUCCCCGGAGAGUCCCCCAGUAGGCCGCUCCUCCCCGGAGAGUCCCCCAGUAGGCCGCUCCUCCCCGGAGAGUCCCCCAGUAGGCCGCUCCUCCCCGGAGAGUCCCCCAGUAGGCCGCUCCUCCCCGGAGAGUCCCCCAGUAGGCCGCUCCUCCCCGGAGAGUCCCCCAGUAGGCCGCUCCUCCCCGGAGAGUCCCCCAGUAGGCCGCUCCUCCCCGGAGAGUCCCCCAGUAGGCCGCUCCUCCCCGGAGAGUCCCCCAGUAGGCCGCUCCUCCCCGGAGAGUCCCCCAGUAGGCCGCUCCUCCCCGGAGAGUCCCCCAGUAGCCCGCCCCUCCCCGGAGAGUCCCCCAGUAGCCCGCCCCUCCCCGGAGAGCCUCCCGGUAGGCCGCUCCUCCCCGGAGAGCCUCCCAGUAGCCCGCCCCUCCCCGGAGAGCCUCCCAGUUGGCCCGCCCCUCCCCGGAGAGCCUCCCAGUAGGCCCGCCCCUCCCCGGAGAGCCUCCCAGUAG